UUAUCAAUGAAUGAACGACAAUAUUUGAAUAUUUUAUUUGAAAAAAUCAAUCAAUGGUUAAUAACAGCUCAUCUUGGUGAUAAAAUUCAAUAUGAAUUAAAUAAUAAUGAAAAAGAUAUUUUAAAUGAUUAUUUAAUUCAUUCAGAAAUACGUCGUUGUUUUAAAACAAUUUGGACAAAUAUACAAAUAGUUGAACAAAAAAAAAUACUUUUUAUUGAACAUAUUACGAAAGAAAUCUAUGAAGAAAGAAUGGAAAAUAAUAAUGAUGAUUUUUAUUUAUUUAUUCAAUCAUUAAUUGGUUUUACAAAACUUAUACGAUAUAUACGAGAUAAUUAUAGAAAAACAAUCGUAGGACAUAAUUGCUUUCUUGAUUGGUUAAUUAUUUAUGAUAAAUUCAUUGAUAAUCUACCAUUAAAAUUUGAAGAAUUUCAUACAUUAAUGAAUAAGAAUUUUUUAUUCUCAAUGUUUGAUACAAAAUAUCUUGCAUUAGAAAUGAAACAAUAUUUAUUUACACGUCAAAAUCGUUCAAAUAUUAGUAAUUAUGUUGAAACUUUAUCAAUGUCAACAUCACUUUCAUCUUUAUAUGAUUUAUUAAUAUCGAAAUAUUAUGAAAAUUUGGUUUUUUUAAAACCAAUUAUUGAAAUAACUUCAACAGAUCGAUAUAAAAAUGAAGUUUGGAAACAUGAAGCUGGUUAUGAUGCUUAUAUGUCUGGUAUAGUAUUUCUUAAAUUAAUUUAUUUAUAUAAACAAAAAAAAUUCAAUAAAAUUGAAUUUAAUGAACAUCAAUCCAUAUUUGAUAUAUGUCUCAAUGAAAUUCAACUAUAUAAAAAUCGUUUUUAUGCCAUAUUUAUUCCAUAUAUAUCAUUAAAUCGAUAUGAUAUUAACAAAAAAUAUAAGAAGAAAUUACAACAAUGUCUUGUUUUAGAGAAACAUAAUAAAGAACAACUUGAUAUGUCAGAUAUAAUAUCACAUUUUAAUUCUUAUUGUUCAAUGGAAUAUGAAAUCAAUCGAAAUUUAAACAAAAUUUAUCUUUUAUUUCAAUCGGAACAAUGUCAACGUCGGAUAUUAAAAGAUUAUCUUAAUCAUCCAUUAUAUAAAAUAGAAAAAUUUCAUUGGUUUAAACAUUCAUUAUUUAUUCAAUAUUCAUUUGCAAUAUCAUCAAUAGUAUUGACUGGUAUUUGUAUUUCUUUUCUAGUCAAACGUCGAAUGUGA